GUACGUAUGUGUAGCCGAAGGGAAGCCGAGCUAUAGUGUACUAGAAGAUCUCUAGUAUCUUCUAGUACACUAUAGCCGAGCCAAAGAAUAUGUAUUGACAUAGACGUUCUUUGGCCGAGCUUCACAAAGUAGCUUAAGAAGAAUAUGGCAACAAUUGGUAUCCUUGCGUCAUACAGAGGUUGAAAUGAAAUUUUUUACUAAAUUCAAAUAUGUAUCUGACUAUUUCUUUAAGAAACAUCUGUUGCUGACAAAUACUGGCAUAGGAGUUAUGUUUUUAGGCGCUGGUGAUGCUAUUCAGCAGAAUAUUGAAAAGAAAUUAUAUCAUGGAAAAGUUUACGACACAAGACGAACAGGAAAUAUGAUGUUUGCUGGAAGUGCUUUUGGAGUUCUGGGACAUUAUUGGUAUAAAUUUUUAGAUUUUAAAUUUCCUGGUGCAAGUGCAAAAGCUGUUGGAAAAAAAAUUCUUUCCGAAAUGGCUAUUGGACCUCCACUGUUUUUGGGAUUUUUCAUAAGUAUUGGUCUUCUGGAAGGGAAAUCUGUUGAUCAGAGUUUUCAACAAUUCAAAAAGAACUUUUUUCUUAUAUUAGCUGCAGAUUGGGCAAUAUAUGCUCCUUUGCAAGCAAUAAAUUUCUUCUAUGUUCCUCUAACAUACAGAGUUUUGUAUGUAUGUGUUCUUUGUUUGGGAUAUGAUAUCUUUCUAUCAUAUGUUAUACAUAAGGAAGAUCUUAAGGAGCAGAAAGAAAAGAACAUUUUAUAAAGAUGGUUUUAACUUAGUUACUGGAUGUGCUGUUGUGAACAAAAAUUAUUUUCAUCUAGUGGUUGGAAUGUGAUAUAUCAGCAAAACCCGAGUUUUACACCAUUAUGGAAAUCUAAUAGUUAUUAUUUUUUUAAUCAGCAUUUGCAUAGAUAUUAAAUGAGUGCUGGGAAUCAAAUACUGUAUGUAUUAAAAAUGAAGAACAUUUAUUUAGUAUUUUAAAUACAUCAGAAUGUUUUCCAAUA